UUACGCUGUCAUCUUCUUCCCCUUUGCCAAUUGCUAUUUCUCUCCAAUUUCCUAUUCCACAUUCCUUAUGUGUAUAUAUUCAUACAAAAAUAAUAAUAAUAAAGAUCCAAUUUUUAUUCAUAAUUAAUAAUAAACAAGACAGUGUAGAGAGAGAGAGAGAAAGAGGGGACUUGGGAUUUUUAACAAACAAACGGUAGCUUUAACUUUUUCCCUCUCUGUAUUCUUCAACGAAGAAAAAAAAUUCGAGUGUUGUUUAUUAGGAGCUGCCCUGUCCUGCCUCUCUUUCUCUGUUUUUUUUUUCCUCCUAUGUUAUUUUCCGGUACGUGAUUUCUUGUCGUUCUUCCGACAUGGGUGCUUGCGUUUCAACGCCGCAGGGCUGCGUCGGAGGUAAAUUUAAGAAAUCUUCUAAGAGAAAGAACCGCCGUAGAAGGAGGAAAGGUUCCAAAACCAUCGCCUUUUCUGCUCUCUCUGAGGGAUCGCACCGCUCUGACCCGAUUGACCACUGCUCAUUUUCCAAUCCCACUUUUCAAGGAAGUUAUGAUGAGGCAUGGUUUGAUACAGUUGGCAAAUUCGAAUCGGAUUGCGAUGAAGAUUACCAAAGCCUUCCUGAUGACAAUCAGUCAAUUAAUAGCUUUGAGGGUGCAUCAUCGUCGAGCAUUUCAUCUUCUGGCGAUGCUAAUCAUGGAGAUCAUAAUGUGAAUCGACAUAGCGCAACCCCGGAUCAGAUUCAUAGACCAGGAAAUUCGGCAAGAGUACAUUCUGUGAGCAGUUCCGAGAGUCAAGUUGCAAGGGAUUCACAUUCGCAGGUCAUGAAUCCAGAUGAUGCAGAACCACAACUUAAGGGAUGUGGACACUCGAGCGAGGGAAAUGAACCAGUAUUCAUCGACGAGAUCUCCUCUACUGCUGGUGAAAGUUCGGCCAAAGGCGAUGGAAUAUUGGAUAAUUGUGGGAUUUUACCAAGCAAUUGUUUACCCUGUCUUGCAACAACAAUAAACUCUGUUGAAAAGAGAAAAUCACUAAGUUCUAGUCCUCCAAGUGGACUCAAGAAGGCCGCCUUGAAACUUUCAUUCAAAUGGAAAGAAGGAAAUCCCAAUGCUGCUUUAUUUUCAUCAAAAGCGCUUCUACAAAGACCUUUAGCAGGUUCUCAAGUACCCUUUUGCCCAGCUGAAAAGAAAAUGCUAGACUGUUGGUCACAUAUUGAGCCAGAUAGUUUCAAAGUUAGGGGAGUAAACUAUGCAAAGGACAAAAAGAAAGAAUUUGCUCCCAAUCAUGCUGCCUACUAUCCCUUUGGAGUUGAUGUGUUCUUGUCUCACCGAAAAGUAGAUCACAUUGCUCGAUUUGUUGAAAUGCCUACAGCUACUUAUUCUGGAACACUUCCACCUAUCCUUGUUGUUAAUGUUCAGAUUCCUUUGUAUUCGGCGGCAAUUUUUCAAGGAGAAACCGACGGAGAAGGAAUGAGUAUUGUCUUGUACUUUAAGCUUUCUGAUGCAUAUGCAGAGGAACUUACAUCUCAUUUUCAAGAAAACAUCAGGAAGCUGAUUGAUGAUGAAGUUGAAAGGGUGAAGGGUUUUCCAGUAGACAAUGUAGUACCAUUUAGGGAACGAUUGAAAAUUUUGGGGCGCGUUGCAAAUGUAGAGGAUCUUCCGAUGAGCGCUGCAGAGAGAAAACUUAUGCAGGCUUACAAUGAAAAGCCCGUUCUUUCUCGUCCUCAACACGAAUUUUACUUGGGAGAAAACUACUUGGAAAUCGACUUGGAUAUGCACAGAUUUAGUUACAUUUCGAGGAAAGGUUUUGAAGCAUUUCUUGAUAGACUCAAGUGCUGCAUUUUGGAUGUUGGCCUAACAAUUCAGGGGAACAGACCUGAAGAAUUGCCAGAGGAGAUUUUAUGUUGCAUUAGAUUAAAUGGAAUUGAUUACGUAAAUUAUCAGCAAUUGGGGAUGGGUCCAGAGAUUCUGUAAAUUGCGAUGCCAUUGUAUUCAUACAAAAAAUUUAACUAAAAAACAAAUUUUAAUGAGAAUUAUUUUUUUGCUUC